GUCACCAUCCGUGACGUCCUGGACAAGCAUGAUGGAGAGGUGAUCCGCUUCUACCUUCUCAGCUCGCAGUACCGCAGGCCUAUGCUGUAUUCAGAAGACCUGUUGGCAGAGGCUGAGGAGAAGCUGCUGAAGCUCUAUUCCUCCCUCAGAGGCGCCUCUCUGUCGCCUCCCGCGGACACUGUCCCUCCAGACGGAUGCGAGCAGCACAGCCGCUUCCUGGCAGCCAUGGCAAAUGAUUUCGACACGGUCAAUGCGGUGGCGGCUAUGUCGGAGCUCUCCCGGGAGCUUCUGCAGCUGCAGCAAGCGAGCGAAGGCGAAGGAUCGGACGCCGAAGCGGCCCGAAUCAGCUUCGAGGAGAAAGCCAGGCAUCUGUACACCAUGGGUGGAGUCCUUGGGCUUCUCCAGCGCGACCCAGAAGUUGUUUGCAAAGGGCCCCUCGACUCGGACUUCGAGGAGAAGGUGGAGCGGCUCAUUCAGGAGAGAGAUGCUGCGAGAAAAGACAAGGACUUCGCCCGGGCAGAUGCCAUCCGAGACGAGCUGACAGACCUUGGAGUGAUCCUGGAAGAUGGUGGUAAAGGCACAACCUGGCGCGUGGCGUCCAUGGCCUGA